AUGUGGCUCAAACACUUCGCUCUCUGCUUACUUGUCAGCGCAUCAAUUGUACAAGCGGGUAACCCACUAGCCACCAAGGACCAGAAAGAGCUGGAUGAGCUGUCCAAGUCGCUGCUUACCGAGAAAAGCCUCGAUGGGCUGCGUGAGAAGGCGCGACAACAAUUCGUCAAGUCGCUCAGGAAGUACCACGUCCAGCUUACUGACGAGGUGAACAAGGACCUGGACAUUGCUAUGGACGAACUUGUGUUCAGCUCUAUCCAAAAAGCUGUAAACAACGAUCCUUCAAAUCCCAAGGUCUACUGGACCGAUACAGCCAAACGCUCGCAUGAUUGGUUCGGCCUUAAUGUGCCGGGUGGUCGUUACUCCUACGACAAUCCAGACUGCAUCUAUCGCAUCAUUCCAGUGAGUGACAAACACAAAUACAGGAUUCGUGGUCGCCGCUUCGGGAAUGGCACGGCGGACCAGUCAUUCUCUGUGAUCAACAACCCCAACUCUCAAGGCACUGUUGCCGCCCUUUACAAACAAGACCUCAAGGUCAACGAUGACGGGACAUACGAAAUCAUCAUAAGCUCUGGCAAGAAGGAAGGCCAAAACCACAUCAAAAGCGAUUGGAGCGCCAAGCAGGUCUAUAUUCGCAACAACCUCGGCGACUGGUCGAAAGAGACUCCAGAUGAGUUAUCUGUGGAGAUCAUCAGCGACACGAAGAAAAAGUCAACCAAGAAACGUAGCCGCAAGGAUAUCCUCAAAGAUGCCGAGCAUGGACUUAAGCAGUCCAUAUUCUUCUAUGGAUUUGGAGCUUUAGAUUUCAAGACCCUGUCUCAACCGCUCAACCAUUUGCCGAACCCUGACCAGUCGAGUUGGCUCGGCACUCUGACGUCACAGGCACAAUCAUUCUCGCAUUUCAAGCUCAAAUCCGACGAGGCAUUUGUUAUUACUCUCACGUCCGGCAAGUCCUCGUACUGGGUACUUCCUGUGACUACGAUGGGACUCUUGACGCAGGAUCCUGAGAAUAACAUUGUUAGCUUUAACCCUUAUCAAUCGGCUCAGAACAAGAACGGCUCAUAUACCUUUGUUCUGUCGGCGAAGGAUACAGGUAUUCGCAAUUGGAUUGACACUUCAAAACUAUCUCAAGGCACCCUGAUGGUCCGUUGGCAAGGACUUCCCAAGGGUGACGGCACCGUGAAAAGUAUUCAAUUGUACUCACAGGUCGUCAAAAUUGAUGACCUUGACAAAGUUCUCCCGUCAGAGACCGAGAGGCUGGACAAGGAUGGCCGGCAGCGACAAAUUGAACAGAGGCGUCGCGAGUACCGACGUAUUCACUUCCAGUGA